AUGCUCCACGAAAUCCUCCUCUCCCUCUCGGGACACCCAUCCCCUCUCCUUCGACCCGAUACCGCUCAACCGCAUGCUCUAUCCGGUAUCUCGCCCGCCGAGCGGCAACUCCUCGCCUCAGCCGCCCAUCUAAGCGAAGUCCACAUCAAAGUCAUCAGCUACACGGCCCAGGUAGCAAACUCGCACUCAUCGACCAUCUGCCGAGCCGUUGCGACAGCCAUUGACUCUAUUCACCUAGCUGCAUUUCAACGCAAAGUCCUUGACGUCGAAGAGAGCAUACUGCAAGAUGAUCCGGAGCUGGUGGGAGCGUACAACAUUGUACCUCUAACGGCUGUCAUGAGCGAGUUCAAAGACUGGACUAGGAGGAUGGACUGGCUAUGGGAGAUGGUGCAGUUCAUGCUGGCCAAGGAUAAGAAAGGCGAGGUGUGCCAUGGUGCACAGCUCAUGGACCGUCUACGACUUGAGCUGCAGAGUGGUUAUAGGGACGUUCAAGAGACGGCUUUGAGUCUUGUUGCUGUUGCCGAGACUGCAUGGCUGAAGCAGGUUUCUGCAUGGAUCUUGUACGGCAGACUUCCAAGCUUUGGAACUGAAGACUUUUUUGUACAAAAAGUGGAAGCGUCUGAGGAGGAGUAUAUAUCACGAUCGAGUCUAUUGCCUGCCUUUGUGACACCGGGCACAGCUUCAUCUAUGCUAUUUAUCGGCAAGUCGCUAAACCACAUCAGAGUCAAGAGCAAUAUAGACUCGGGACUACGUGGUCUGGAUCACUUGUCGUCCAAACUACAAGAAUUGUCGAGUCUCACCUUUCCGCUAAAAAGCACCAGUUUCUCAAGAGCCAUCAUUGCCGUGCGGAUAUCCUUGUCCGAGAACACACUCCAGAAACUCCUUCCACUGGCAAAGGUGACAGAAAUGCUGCAAUUGCUUAGGGACUUUUUCCUGCUGGGACGUGGUGAAUUUGCCAUGCAAUUGACCCAUGAGGCGGAUGAAAAAAUUCGCAGUCGAUGGAGGAGAGCGGACAAUUUGGCCUACGAAAAGGGCGAUGGUCUGAAGAACGUGACGGUCAAAGAGGGAGAGGUCGCUGCUGUUCUUGCCAGGACGUGGGCUGUCUUAGCAUCCAUGCAGGGCCAGCACGCUGAGGAAGACGAGCAACUUGAACUUGCUCGAGAUCUCUUGCGACUCAACCUCACAAAGAGCAAGACAACAACACCAUUGGGUUCUGGUUCUGGACUCAGCCGAGAGGCUGCGAACCUAUUAUCUGAAUCACCAUUCCGCAAUCUCCUAUUCUCUGUCCCCUCUCUACUAUCUGUCCAAAUACCAGCGCCGCUGGACAUGGUCCUAUCCCCAUCAGAUAUCCAGAUCUACUCGUGUAUAAACGCUUAUUUGUUAUCAAUGCGAAGAGCGCAUAUUCGACUUACCGAUCUAUGGAAGAUUACAUCCCUGCGACGCCAUCAUCCAACAUCAAGAGGUGACCGGGAGCAGAUCAUUCUUCUUCGAAAGAGAUGGACAGCACGAUCUUCGUCAAUGCGCAGCUCAUGGACAACUGCCAGUGCUGCCAUUUUCUUUCUUGCCGAAACAGAAGCCUACCUUCAGACAGAGAUCGUAGCUGGGCUAUGGGAGGGUUUCCACGGGUGGCUGACAGCCAAUGACCCUGAACACGGACGGUCUAGAGCACCAACACCUACUAAAUUCCCAGAUGAGUCCGGGAAUGUUGAAGGGGAGGGUGAAGAUGACGAUGACAUAUGGCUAAGCGGCGAGAACAAGGCCGCGACUCAAAACGAAACCUCUAAAUCAUCAGACUCAACUCCUCCCCAAGAUCCUCAAACUCUCUCAACAGCACAUCGCCUCUAUCUACGUACCCUCAUCCACCGUCUACUCCUCACUCAGCCGACAUUCACGCAACCUCUCUACAAUCUCCUCAUUCACAUUGAUCAUCUUGUUGCUCACCUACACCGUUUACAUGCUAUCUACACCUCUAUUGAUCUUGAGACAGACGCCGGUGUAGUCGAUGCUUUUGUCGAUCUCGAGUCCGAAGAGCGCGACGUCAAGCGUCGCCUCCACGACAUUGAAUCCCGUGUCCGCUCAGGCAUAGAGGAUGUCGUCGCUGCACUGCGCGCACUCGAGUCUGACCCCAUUUUCACAGCAGAGUGGGAGGGCGACACAGCUCCCCCCACUGCAGCUGAAGAGUACGACGAAGAGGAGGAGCGGCAGGGUAGGGCACGGGACACAGACGAUGCAGAGGAACGUGGUGGCUUCACAGCUGCUAGGGUUGGCGGUAUCAAUCGUCUGCUCAUGAAGCUUGACUUUGGCACCUGGUUCGGCAGAACGGACGGGCAUGGUGUCGAGCAGCAGUAA